AUGUCCACGGCUCGCAAACGCUGCAUGAUCCAAGGUGGGUGCACGAGCUGGGAGUUUGACCCAGAGGUGCACAUGUGCCGCAACUGCAGCAUCCAGUACAAGCAAGUGGCAGAUGCGGUCCGAAAAUAUGUCAAGGCGCCCGUCCUCAGAGGCGGACUUGUGGUGACAAAGCCCAUCCAAAGCCCCUUCUAUCUUGGGCUGCAAGAAGGAGACAAGAUCGACAUCCUGGACAUUCUUCCUGACAACACAUCCAUCAUCGUCCGCACACCAGACGAUAUCGUGGGGUACUUUAACCUCGACUGCGUCGCCACAGAGGAAGAGAUUGUGCAAAACUUCCAGCAGGAGGAAGAGAAGCGGCAAGAGGAGGAAGAGCGCCGGGCAAAAGAGGCGCAGCGGCAAGCUGAGGAGCAGUAUGAACAGCAGCUGCGCGAGCGCAUGAAGUUGAAAGCGAUUGAGGACAAAGAGCGGCGCCUGCGCGAAGCGGAACAGCGGAGGAUUGAGCACGAACAGCGCAUGGCUCAGGUGCAGACGUGCAUUUGGGUGGUGUGUGGAAGGGGGGAGGGGGGGUCUGUGGAUGUCUGUGUGCGUGUGUCUGUGCGUCUGUGUGCGUGUGUCUGUGCGUCUGUGUCUGAGCAAGAGCGGCUUGCGCGGGAAGACCACGAGAAGCGGGUUGCAGAGGCGCGCGAGAUGAAGCGUAUCUGGGACCUGCAGCAGGAGCAAUAUGAGCGGGAAAAGAAGCUUGCCAACCAGCCGCAGUGGAAACGCGACCUCAUUGAGCGCAAGCAGCAGCACCGCUCCUGA